GCCGUGCUGUGCCAUGCUGUGCCGUGCCGCCCACGUAGGGUGGACCAGCCGUGCCCACGGGGGUGGUGGGGCCACCCCACCUGCGGCCCCUGCAGCUGCGACGUUGCCAAGGGCUUCGACCCCGACUGCAACAAGACGACGGGCGAGUGCCGCUGCAAGGAGAACCACUACCGGCCGGCGGGCAGCGACGCCUGCCUGCUCUGCGACUGCUACCCCACCGGCUCCCUGUCCCGCCUCUGCGACGCCACCAGCGGGCAGUGCCCCUGCAAGGCCGGCGUCAUCGGGCGCCACUGCGACCGCUGCGACAACCCCUUCGCCGAGGUGACGGCCAGCGGCUGUGAAGUCAACUACGACAGCUGUCCCCGUGCCAUCGAGGCCAGCAUUUGGUGGCCACGGACGCGCUUCGGGCUGCCCGCUGCUGCCCCGUGCCCCAAGGGCUCCAUCGGCACGGCGGUGCGUCACUGCGACGAGCACAAGGGCUGGCUGCCCCCCAACCUCUUCAACUGCACUUCGCUGGCCUUCGCCGCCCUCAAGGGCUUCGCGGAGCGGCUGGUGCGCAACGAGUCGGUGCUGGACACGGCGCAGUCGCAGCGGGUGGCCCUGCAGCUGCACAACGCCACGCGCCACACGGCCGCCUACUUCGGCAGCGACGUGCGCCUGGCGUACCGGCUGGCCGCGCGCCUGCUGCAGCACGAGAGCGCCCAGCGCGGCUUCCGGCUGGCCGCCACGCAGGACGUCCACUUCACCGAGAACCUGCUGCGGGUGGGCAGCGCCCUGCUGGACGCCAGCAACAAGAGGCACUGGGAGCUGAUCCAGCAGACGGAGGGCGGCACGGCCUGGCUGCUGAAGCACUUCGAGGACUACGCCAGCGCCCUGGCGCAGAACAUGCGCCAGACCUACCUCAGCCCCUUCACCAUCGUCACCCCCAACAUCGUGGUGUCGGUGGUGCGGCUGGACAAGGGCAGCUUCGCGGGCGCCCGGCUGCCACGCUACGAGGCGCUGCGGGGGGAGAAGCCCCCCGACCUGGAGACCACCGUCAUCCUGCCCGAGAGUGUCUUCCGGCCCCCCGAGGGCAGGCACCACCCCACGGGGCACGGGAAGCCACCGCCAAGCCCGGGAGGACAGGAGGAGGAGGAGGAGGAGGAGGAGGAGGAGGAAGAGGCUGCAGAAGACGAAGAGGAGGAGGAGGAGGUGACCUUGGUGACCCGGCACAAGCGGCACCCGGAGCUGAGCGAGGGCCAGGCCAUCGCCAGCGUCAUCAUCUACCGCACCCUGGCCGGGCUCCUGCCCGAGCAGUACGACACCGACAAGCGCAGCCUCAGGGUGCCCAAGCGGCCCAUCAUCAACACGCCGGUGGUGAGCAUCAGCGUGCACGCGGCGGCAGGGCGGGCGCCGCGGGCGCUGGAGAAGCCGAUCACGCUGCAGUUCCGCCUGCUGGAGACCCAGGAGCGCUCCAAGCCCAUCUGCGUCUUCUGGAACCACUCGCUGCUGGCGGGCGGCGCGGGCGGCUGGUCGGCGCGGGGCUGCGAGGUGGUGUUCCGGAACCAGAGCCACGUCAGCUGCCAGUGCAACCACAUGACGAGCUUCGCCGUGCUCAUGGACAUCUCCCGGAGAGAGAACGGGGAGAUCCUGCCGCUGGCGGCGCUGACCUACGCCUCGCUGGGGGUGGCGCUGGCGGGGCUGCUGCUGGCCGUGCUGGUGCUGGGCGCCCUGCGGGGGCUGCGCUCCAACCGGCACAGCAUCCGGCGGCACGGCGCCACCGCCCUGCUGCUGGCACAGCUCGUCUUCCUGCUGGGCAUCAACCAGGCCGACCUGCCGCUGGCGUGCACGGUGGUGGCCAUCCUGCUGCAGUUCCUGCACCUGAGCGCCGUGGGCUGGGCGCUGCUGGAGGCGCUGCACCUCUACCGGCGCCGCAGCGAGCCGCGGCACGUCGACCGCGGGCCCAUGCGCUUCUACCACGUGCUGGGCUGGGGGCUGCCCGCCUUCAUCACCGGGCUGGCGGUGGGGCUGGACCCCGAGGGCUACGGCAACCCCGACUUCUGCUGGCUCUCCAUCCACGACAGCCUGGUCUGGAGCCUGGCGGGGCCCAGCGCCUGCGCCGUGGCGGUCGGAGUCUUCUUCCUCGUGCUGGCGGCCAGGGCCUCCUGCGCCGCCCCCCAGGGCUUCGAGAAGAAGGGCACGGGCUCCGGGCUGCAGACGGCGCUGGUGGUGCUGGUGCUGCCCAGCCUGGCCUGGCUGCUGGCCCUGCUCGCCGUCAACAGCGACGCCAUCCUCUUCCACUACCUCUUCGCCAUCUCCAACUGCCUCCAGGGCCCCCUCAUCUUCCUCUUCUGCGUGGUGCUGAGCAGGGAGGUGCGGCAGAACCUGCGCUCCAGCUGCGCCCGUGCCCGCGGCCCCGACCCCGCGCUGGCCACCAAGUCCACCCUGACCACCGCGUACAGCUGUGACACCACCUACGUGGCCGGCCGGCUCUACCAGGCGCCCUUCGGGGACUCCACGGGGUCCCUGCACAGCGUGGCCAAGAGCCAGCACAGCUACAUCCCCUUCGUGCGCAGGGAGGACGCGGGGCUGAGCGGUGGCCGCGUGCAGCCGGCGCUGGCCGAGCCGGGCGGGCUCCUCCUGGACGCCGCGGAGCAGCAGCAGGAGCAUGACACCGAUUCCGACAGCGACCUGUCGCUGGAGGAUGACCCCAGCGGCUCCUACGGCUCCACGCACUCCUCCGACAGCGAGGACGAGGCCGCUGGUGCCGGCUGGGACGCGCUGCUGCGCCCCGAGCAGCCGCCUGCGCCCACGGGUGACAGCCCGGUGGCCCUGGCACGGCCGUACUGGCCCGGGGAGUUUGUGACGACGGCCAGCGAGAGCGACGGGCACGGCGGCUCGGAGACGCUGCGGGUGGAGCCGGCGGCGGGGGGCGAGGCGCCCCCCAGGCCCCCCCUGCCGCUGCCUCACCCCCACAAAGGCAUCCUGAAGAAGAAGAGCUUGCCCCCCAUCAGCGAGCGCAGCGGCGCCCCGCGCCCCGGGCAGCCCGCGCCCCCCCCGCCGCCCCCCACCGGCACCGCCGCCUCCUCGGGCAGCGACGGCAGCCGCGGGGGGGGCCCUGGGGUGCCCCGGCCCCGCCAGAGCCUGCAGGAGCAGCUCAGCGGUGCGGCGCCCAUCGCCAUGAGCAUCCGGGCGGGCACCGUGGACGAGGACUCCUCCGGCUCCGAGUGCGCCGCCGCCCCCACCAACCGACGGCGCGCCGGUCACCACCCCUGCUCCAGGGACACCGGGGGGGUGGCACUGGGAGGGGGGGGGCAUGGGGUUGCACCCCCCCAUUGCACUUUGGACCCUGCCCCACGCCCGGCAGGGGUUUGCCCCCCCACACACACCCCGGGGACCCAUGGGGCAGCUCCGCCGGCAUGGGGUGCCCCCCCCCGGUGCCAUGGGGCACCCCCAGGAAUUGUCCACUGAUGCCCGAUGGAGGGUUUUAUUUAAAAAAAUCAUGAAAAAUACAAAAAAAAAA